UAGCGUUUUCUUAUGUUUGCAUUUGCAAACUAAAGAAAUGGAGUUAGUUUAUUCUAUAGAUUUUAAAUCCUUUUCAAAGCAAACCGAUUUCAGUUGCGAUGAGAAGAUAUGUUGCAGUUUAUCUUGCAGAAAUAUUGUAGCUUUUAGUAGAGCAAGAAAGGCAGACAACGAUGGGUAUGAUUUUGAUUUGAUUUUGUUGUUAAACAAUAAAUGUGAAUCGAUACGACCACAUAUUAUUGAAUUGUGAUAUAUUCAUAUUGGUCCUAGUAUCACAUUAGUUACCGGUAUUACAUAUAAUUUAUACUUAUAAUUAAUUAAAAAUAAUUAAAAUACAUAUCGCCUUCUGAUAUCAUAUAAUUAUGAUAUACUGAUACUGGUCGUCGAUAGAGAAAUGACUCGCUUUUUUAAAAUUAAUAUUACAUAUAAUUUAUACUUAUAAUUAAUUAAAAAUAAUUAAAAUACAUAUCGCCUUCUGAUAUCAUAUAAUUAUAAUAUACUGAUACUGGUCGUCGAUAGAGAAAUGACCCGCUUUUUUAAAAUUAAUAUUAUUUAUAUUACGCCAUUAGACUCAAGGCUAUUUAGCCUAUUACUAUUAGGAUGUCAUUUGUGGUAGUUAAUUUUAGUUAAACUGAAGAAUUAAGUUUACAAACAUAUAGUCCAUUCAAUUAUCUUUCAUUUGAUUCCUCAUUUUGUAUUUUGUCUUACAAACUCAACAAUAAUAAUAAUAAUAUUUUAAAUUAUAGUUUUUUUAAUCCCAACCUCUCACUUCUGGUACCCGGGUACGAAUAGCCACUUCGUUAUUUAUUUCUUAGACCUGUAACUAUUAUCACUAUUAUUAUUGGUAGCAGUGGCGGAUCGAGGGUUUGAAUCAGCCCAGGAGAUUCUGAUAAAUUUAUAGGCCCAGGGCUAAAUACAGUUAGCAGCAGGUCCGGCGAUGUAUUCCAUGGUAUAUAUUAUAUAGGUCAUGUAGGUUCCCCAGAUCAACUACGGGCCAUAGUUCUAUUUUUCAAAUUCAAAAGAUUUCAAAUUUUUGUUCUUCAUUUAUUUGAUUAUUUUUAUUUAUUUUUUUGUCUUGAAAGAGCGGGGAGGCAUUCUGGGGAGUGGUCUCUCCUCCCCAGAAAUUAUUUGGUUUCUUAUUUUUGAUGAAUAAGUAAUGCUGAAAUGUCCCGUUAAAUUUCAAUAUUAUAGAAAUGGGUACUUCUGUUUUUCAACCAAGACAGCACUUUUAACCAUGCACAGUCUUUUUCCUGGUGUUUAUCUAUGGCAUCUAGGGCUAUAAACAAGGAUGAGUUACUUUUUUUAUUUCUUUUGAACCUUGUAAGUUGAAUUUCAAUAAAAACAAAUGGAAAAUGUCAUUUUAAUUUAUGUUACUUUUCGUUGUUUAGAAAGCAAAAAAAAAUGAACGCAUGAUAAUAUCAUAAACAAGAAAGAUAUGCACUCUCACUCAUGACUCAUGAAUAUUAAUGCAGUAUAGGCCUAUCUCUACUCACUAGUACUAGACACUACUUAUUUGUCUCUCCUUAACUAUAGGAUUAGGACCCCAUUUAUUGUGAAAAAAUCAGAGGCCUUUACUACAUCAUAGGCCAUACUUCACAUAGGCCUAUUUUUGUAAGACAUGGCAGAGCUUUAUUUAUCCUUAGGCCUAUGAUUGGUCCAUCUACAAAUUUUAAUGAUAAUGACCAUUAUCAAUAGGCCCCCUAAGUAUGACUUUUAUGUGAAAAAUGUGACUUGUCAUGCAAAUGAAAUAGGUUAAAUUGUAGCCUACACGAUUGGACUUUUAGCUACAAUAGGCCUAUAUACAAUAAUAAUAUACAUUUAUUUCAUUUUAUUUUUUUUAUAACUAUGUAUUGGAUGUAUGCUUCUUAUAGAGAUAAGCUUGACAUCUGCUACGAAGUUUGUGUGGUUGACUUGGACAAGCCGUGGCAAAAAUAUGAAGUCACCACUUAUCCCUCACCAGUCAAAUACAUGAGAUGGGACCCCGCAGGCAUGACUCUUUUGGUUGUGAAUGCAGCAGGGAGAUUCAGUUUGUGGAAAAUGAAGGUACAUUUAAAAAAUCUAUUGAGAAGAAUUUAGAAUGCUUCUUUUUUUUUUUUUUUUUUUUUUUUAAAAAAUCUUUUUUUUUUUUUUUUUUUUUUUUUUUUUUUUUUUAAAGAAUCAUUUGUAUGUAUUUUUUUAAAAAUAUCUCUUCAUCUGUAAAAAUAUUCUCGUCUGUUUUAAUGUGUUUAUUAAUUUCAUAUGGAACUAUUCAUCAAACAGUAGGAAAACAGUGUUUUGUUUUUUAAAUUUUAACAUAUAUUUUUUUGUUCGGUUGUGUUUAAAUAAUUUUUAAAAUUCUUGUGCUUACUAAUAUGAAAGUUUACUGUCUUUAUGACAUUCAUUAGAACUGAUUCCACUAUCCAAUAAGGUUAUGAGUGUUAGCUCAUCCCCAAACUUUCCACCACUACAAAAACAAAAGGGCUUGUACUUGUAGUUUUUUUAGAAUUGACAGCUUCAUUUGUAGUGUCGUGCGCCCUACCACCCCCAAGAUAGGAAUGUAGUUUCUACUGUUUUUUUUUUAAUCCCUAGUGUAAAGACGCUAAUUUUGGUCUGGAUGGCCUACUGCUGUUAAAGCAGUGUUCCUUUCAUGGGAUACUCAUCUCAAUGAAAGCCAAUGUUAAAGCAAUGUUCCUUUCAUGUGACACUCAUAUCAGUCUAAGCCUAUGGUAAAGCAAUGUUCCUUUCAUGGGACACUCCUAUCAAUCUAAGCCUAUGGUAAAGCAAUGUUCCUUUCAUGGUACACUCAUAUCCCGUCAAUCAAAGCUACACAUUGUAAAGAAACUCAAUAUUGCCGAAUCAUCAAAUACUCGCUUCACAUGAUUUAAGUACCGGUACUGUAAAACAGUCUCUUUUUUUUUUAAUGAUAAAGGUCAAAAUUAUUUUUUUGAUUGAUUGAUUGGAUAUUUAUAUAACGCUGGCAUCCAUGCUACUUUAUCAUGCUCACUGUGCUCUGAUUUUCUUAAAUCUAUUUAAACAAAAAAGUUUUUAUAUGUUUCUUAAAUGAUUUUUUAUCAUUUUCAAUUCCCCUCAAAGAUUGAGGCAAACUGUUCCAUAAUUUUGGUGCUAUCACUUCAAAAGAGCGCAUUGUGUAAGACUUUUUUCUGUGUUCAUCCGCACUGGGAAUUUUCAGUAAGGACUGUGUUGAAGACCGCAGGUUCUUUGAAUAGAUGUUAAUAAAUCAGCUCUUUAAGAUGUUCCUGUGCAGGGCCUUCUAUGCAGCCGUACGCCAGGGACAAAAUUUUGUAGUUAUGGUAAUGUGUUCACUCACAGGAACUCAAUAGAGAUCUCGUAGAACUGGGUUAAUGUGGUCAGAUUUCUUUAUCAAAUUACUGCACAUUUAAAUCAGAUAUGAAAAUAACCCACUAAAAAAAGGUACUUAUUGCUAUACCAGAGCUCCUUGAUCAAUUCCUGGGAAGAAUCAGGAUUUGUUGAUAUGGACAAGGAGGAGAUUUUAGUGCUAGCCUGGCUGCACAAUGGAGCUCAGGUGAGUCAUAUAUAUAUAUUGUAUAGUAACUUUCAGUAAAUGAAACACUGCAUAGAAACAUUCAAUGAUUCAAAUACUAUUUGAAAAUAUUUAGAUGAUAAUUAAUUAAUAUAUCUGCAUUAAAUUUUGAACAGAGAAAGGCUAACUAGGCAAAACAUCAUUUCAUGAAUAGCUCAAUAAUUCUCACAAAACUCUCAAUAAUUUUUUACACAUUUCCAUAUCUCUUCUGUUAAACAAUUUUCAGACAUUAUUCAACCCAGAGGCCCGAGAUCUCAUCAACUAUUGGGAAAAAUUCACUAGAGCCAAAAUGACCCCGUCUGUCACACAGUUUGGGAAAAAACCAGUGGAUGGUUGGAUAGCUAUUACAUCUACAGGAAUGGUAAGUGUGAUAGGAUAGCUAUUACAUCUACAGGAAUGGUAAGUGUGAUAGGAUAGCUAUUACAUCUACAGGAUUGUCUGAUAGUUCUAAAUAAAUAUUUUCUACAGUGUAAAAUAGAAACAUUUUUAUUUGUUAUGUUUUAGGUAAUGAAGUUGAAUAAUCAGAUUGCAAUCAUUUUCAAUUCUCCUCAACAGAAAUUCAUUCCAACAUCAAGUUCUUUUUCUUUCAGAUACACGUGGGGCUUAUACCUGAGAAAGGUUCCACCUUGGUAACAGCAAAAGCCAGUCUAGGUCAGACUAACACUCACAUCAUCCAAGCAGACGUGGCAUUUGUACCAGAUGGUCAAAUAUUAAUAGCUACCAGUGAUGGUCAGCUGUCAUCCUCUGUCCACUGCUACGUGGCAACAGUUAGUUUAAAAAAUCAUUUCUGCAGUAUCAGAUGCAGUGCUUCUGCUAGCUUUUUCCUCAAGAAACAUCUUGUGGUAAGGGUAGAUGAAGUAAUAUGAUUACAAACACAGUGUGAUAAUCGUAGAUGAAGUCAUCUUUGUGUGCUCAGGGUUUAAAUUCACAACUUAAGCAUGUCACCUUUAAGAAAUUUAAUUUUAUGACAUGGUGAAUUUGACCUGACAUGAAGGGUCGGUCAUCAAUGACCUCUUAACAAUCUUUCACUUUUAUUACAUUUAAAUAUAACAACAAAAUAGUAAUUUUUUUAAUUUAAAAAGGAUUUUUUUUCCUCAUCAGAUUUGACUUAGAUUUUAAAAACUAACAACUACAAUAUGUUGCUUCCAUUAAAAAUUCAUAAAAAUAUAUACUAAAAAACUGUUGAAAUUUGUGAUUGACUUUUGAUCCAUUAUUAUCACCAAUAACAGGAUUGCAUAUAUUUCCUGUUCUAUUUCUUGUAUUCAAUUUGAAUUAAAUUAUGACCUGGCUCUUGAGGGAAGACACUCCUUGAAAAAACUACUUUAUACUGCAGUGAUGAUAUUUCAGUUCUGAUGAGACAAGAUCUAAGAACCUAAAGAAAUUGAAUGAAAACAGAAAUGAAAAAUAAGAAAGUCUGUUAAAAAUUCAUACCUUAUUUGAAACUUUAUCCCAUUCAACAACUCUAAAAUAGUUUGAUCUGUAUUCACACAUGACAACGGUACCCACUAAAUUGAUAACCAUUCAAUACAUUUGAGAUUUGUCAAUGCUUGCUAAGCUAAAUUAAUAGCAUUACAUUCUCUUUUUUUCUGGUAUUCUUUAGCCAGACGGAGGACACGAAGAGCCACGUUUAACAAGAUUGAGUUUCUUGAGCAGAGAGAACAGUGAAGUUCUGUUGGCGUGUUGGGGGACCUCCCAGUACAGUUGUGUGGAGGUGACACUCAAUGUCCCGUCGUGAAUAGGAAAAUGUUUAUUUAUUGUCAUAAAUCAUGGGGAAAAUCUAGACCAAAUAUAACUUGAUUCAUUAAAGAUUAAACAUGGGCCUGGUUAUUGAACUGUUGUCAGAUGUAACCGUAGAGACUUUUCAUUUCUCUUCCCAGGCAUGGCAUUUGAUUGAACAGACCAUUCCUCUGAACCGGAUGUUUCAAAAUGCGGCAGUGACAGAAUUUGCCUACAAAACAAAACGAUGGAUUCACAAGUCAUCUUUUAUCCAACCGUCGGGCCUGACUGAUAUUGCACGACCAAAAUUGCCCAUAAGCCGCUCAUUCAAUAUGGAAUCUACCAACUUUCUGUCAUAUUUUGCAUGCACAUACCGAGAUGGAACAAUUAAAAUUGUUCAUAGACAGAGUUACCAGGUGCCUAUAAAUGUAUUUGUCUACAAAAUUAUACAAAGUUCAUUUUAUGCAGGGAUUUGAAAGCUGAUUUUAAGUUUCAAAACUAUAAACUAUAUUUAUAGCUUAUCAACCAUCUUUCCUUGCCAUUCUCUAUGUGUAAUAACAGAAUAAAUCUUUGAAAUCCUAAUCUAUGACAUGUUCUUUUUGAGUAGUUCGUAUCCUAAUAUCAGGGGGAUGUUCUUCCCGAUAUCCCAGUUGUUCUUUGUGAAUAAUGUAUAACUGGUGUAUACUCUUGGCAGGUAAUCUACACAGCUUCAAUGGACCAGCUGAUCAACUUAAAGACAUUGGUACCCUCGGACCCAUCCACUCUAGAGCCUCCAGAUAAACAAGCUCGUCUGUCAGCCCCUCAUCUUGUCUCUGUUGUUCAGACCAACACCGGGUGCGGGCUCGUUGGCCUGGGCGAAGGUCGUCUGUACCUGUUCCGUAUGUUCAACUCCCGUGACGGCUCCUUGCAGAUGAUGCUGCCGUUCGUUGUGCUUAUGCUGGAGUACACGAUGUUCGUGGGUUUGGAUGUGUGGGAUGUCCUGCUGGCUGUCAGACAAGGUGAGUUUGUUGCCCUUGUCAAUAUGUCACAGAUAUUUUCAUGUCUCUUGGGUCCAUUCUUAAAUUUCAUCAUUAAAUUUUAAACCCCUCUAAUCAUUUUUUAGCCCUACUGGAAGUUUCGAACAGUCUUUAACUAAAGAUAGGGUUACCAGAAAUUUGUUUGAAAGAAAUUUGGUCAACCCAUUUUUUAAAUUCACAUGUUAAAAUUUUUGUCAAAUUUCUUUUUGAAAGCACUAUACUUUAUAGUUUUAAAAAACCAUGCGUUCAAAAAUAAAUUUGACGCAAAAUUUUAACGUGUGAACUGAAAAAAAGAUUCGACCAAAUUUCGGUUUAGUCUAAUUUCCGUCGACGAAAUUUCUUUUAAACAAAUUUCCGGAUACGAAAGGAAAUAUAUGUCUUGGUUUAGUAAUGGAAGUAUGUUUAGUCUUGGUUUUCAGGUUAUUUAAUCAAAGGCAAUGUUUACAACUAGUAUUUGCUUGAAUGUAGGAAUGAUUGAGGGCAUUGUGGAAAGGCUGAGCUCCAACUUUCAGAAGCAGUCGGCAGCCUUCCAAGAGCUACUACAGCAGCGUCUUUUGCGCCUCAAGAUGGCCCUCUACUCUUGCCUGGGUCCCGGCAACCAAAAGGCGGCAGACUGCAGGGCCAUGAUAACAUUGCACUCCAUCACCACUGUGCUCAAAUCUUGUCUCCGUCCCAAAUCUAUCACAGCUCAGGAUAAAGUAAGAUUUUCUCAUUGAGAUGUGGGGGGGGUUUUUUCUUCUUUUUUUAUAUAUCUAAUAUUUUUAUGAGUCUUUCAUUUAUAUACUGGUUAAGUUAUAUUGUGAAAAUUUUCUUAAUUUUUUUAAAAGUAAAGCAGCUUAUGAUUAUUAACAUGUAUAUUACAAUUUGAGUCGUACAAUAUGUUUUAUUUUAGGGCCUAGCUGAAAAAUUGUCGACUUUGUGCUCAGUGUCAGUAGAGAAGGAUCUGGAUCAGAUGACCAAAACUUUAGAUGUUGAUGAAUUUAUCUUGGACACAUUCAAAAAGUCAGCCGUUGGCACUACAAAAUCUUCUGAAAGUCAGUUUAUUAAAUAUUACCAUUAAAAAAACAAGCAUUGCACAUCACUACACCACCAGAUGACAAUCAUAAAUAUUUUUUUCUUUUCCUCAGCUAAUAUUAUUGCAUAUAUUAUUGCAUAUCUUAUCAAUAACCAGCCUCGUGAAACCAUUAAAAAAUAACAUUGUUCAAAUGAAAUGUUUUGGAAGAAAACUGAUUUGAAAGUCGUAAUGAGACAUGAUGUAGCAUAAUUACAGAAUGCAUAUCACAUAACUAAAAUGUCACAGUGUUACAUUAUGAAAGUAUCAUAUUUUUCAUAAAAAAUAAUCCACUCAUUUUGUGCAUCUGGGAAAACCCAAAUGUUUUGAAUGAAGUCGUAAAAGUUGACUGUUAAGAUUUGAACACCUAUUAUUUUUUUAAUUCUGUGAUAAUUAUCUAUUAUUUCUUCAAUAAUGUCCAGCAUCCCUUCAAGCAUUGCAGCCUUUCAUACAGUGGAUUACAGAUUUCAUCCUUCAUCUGCUGGCGGCUGUCUCAAUGUAUCCAACCUAUCCAGCUUAUCCAGGAUCAACACUUUUGAAAAGUCCACAGGUGGGAAGCCACUUUUAAAUCACUCUUCUCUAUGCUCACUGCAGCUUUACGUGUAUAUUUUAAGUAUAACUUGUAAUGGCUCUGCAGUAUAUACACCACUACCCCCACCAUCAAGUAUACAUUAAAUAGAUGACCCCCCUAUCUCACUUAAGACACUGACAGCAGCAAUCAUUCCCACCAUCAGGUAUGCAUUAAAUAGAUGACCCCCUUUUUUGACAUUAGACACUGACAGCUGCAACCAUUUGUAUAGUAAUUUCUUUCAAAUACUUCCUAUAGUUAAGUUUGAAAUUGCAAGAAUAAACAGUUCAGGAGACAUUGCCAAUUGAUCACAACAAGAAUAAACAGUUUAGGAAACAUUGUCAAUUGAUCACAACAAGAAUUAACAGUUUAGGAGACAUUGCCAAUUGAUCACAACAAGAAUAAAGGCUGAAAAAAAUCAUGUAAUAACUUCACAAGAGAUUUGUCCUGAAAAUUUUCAGUUUUCCAUUUACAACGUGUUACCACAGGUGUUGUGUACACUUCGAGAACUGCUCAUCAUCAUACGAGUUUGGGGCAAGCUCAAUCCAGCAUGUUUGCCUGUCUUCAUGACCACGGUGUCCAUGGAUCCACUCUCUUACCUGUUCCUUCUGGUCACCAGGGCAUGGGUGACUAUUAGGGAGGGAGUCAACAUUGAAACGGAUCAGUCAUUUCUAGAUGACUGCUGCAGUCUACCCAGUGAGGUAAGACAUCAUUCAUGUUAUGUGUGCACAGGUCAGGUAGUAUCUCAUAAAUAUCUCUCUCUACAAAGGAGUAGAAAUUUUCAAAUAUGCAUUUAGACAAGUGAAGGAAGAAAAAUAUCAUAAAUUUAUCAUUAACUCAUUCCCGACGUUUGCGACUAAAUGCAUCCUUUACGGGUUUCGCCGGAUGCCUCCAAAUGUGUCCCGGCGCAUAGUGACACACCUCUCUCUUAUCUAUUUAAAAAUAGCAAUGAAAUCUCGAGACUUCCGGUGAUGGCGUGGUUCAGCGUGAUUUUAAUUUAAAAACCGGAAGUUUUUAUCUUGUUUCACUUUAAAACUAUGGUGCUUUAGUACGGCGCGUCUAUAAGUAGCAUGUGUUCGUCCAAGGUGCCGAAAAUCGAUUUUUUGGUCAUUGUUCGUUAUUUUUUCCCCGCUAAUGUUAUAUUUAUAUUAAACCUUAUUCAUUUUUUGUUGCAUUUGUUCUUAAAUUCGUUAACAUUCAAUAAUAUUUAGCAGCUUAAAUAAAUAUUUUACAAAUGUAAAUCAAUUCCAAGAUGGAGUUACUUCCCUUUCUCAAGCAAAUAAAUUAAAUACGGAAGUAGCAUUGCAGGAGGGAAUGACUUAAGUUAAAAAUACAAAGCUAAAAAAAAUCCCUUUACAAAAUGUCCAAAGGUCCAUUAUGGCCAUAGUUGCACAUCACAAGUUCCAACAUUUCUCGUGGACCCAGCUCUGGUUUCAUAAUGUUAUAUGAUCAUCCAAGUAUCAAUCCAUUGGAAAACAUGCCAAUGAUAUGUUGCUGUAUUUAGUUGAUAGAUUUUGCCGUCAACUAGAACUACCUUAAAAAAAUGGUGACUUGCUUGAUUUGUUUGGUAUAUUAACUGUAGAUUUAAGAAAUGACUGGCCCCUUUCAUUUACAGUCAGUUACAAUUAAAAUUUAUAUGAAUUUUGAAAUAUGCAAUAACACUGUAAAAUAUAUACAUUUUUAAUUUGAUAGAUUUUCAUAAAGCAAUUCUGUGUUGGGAAUGGGCAUUGUCUAAAGUGUUUAAAAAUUAUCAUCACAUUUCACAUAAAUUUAGAAUUGUUAACCUGACUUCAAUAGUCUCUUGUGUAUCUCAAACAGAUGUUGGUGCCAAAUUACAAGAAAACUUAUGGGGAAAAAAUGAACUGUUAUCUGGCGUUCUCACAACCGUUUCCCAUAAACUACCAGUUUGGUGUCGAACCGGACUUCCUGUUCAGCCCACGCUACUCCAGUCGAAUGUUUCCGUUGGACCUGUGCCUGGACGCUGAUCAGAAAUACGACUGUGUUCGACAAAUUCAGCUGGGGGUCCACCCGCGGGAACCGCUGAGAGAAUGCGUUCGAUGUCAUUCCCUGUCCUUGAAGAGGAAACCGUCGGCUACCAAGUCGUCCCUGCUCAGAGCUUGGGAACUCCGUUUUGUCAAAGCUUGUUUGUGCGGAGGUCACUGGAAGCUUCAGAUGUUGCCACCGCUGGCCAGCUCUUUGGGACAGAAAUAAAUCUCCACAGGAGGAAAUGAAAGUUCUCCUGCUGGACUUGCCAGCCAGAACAGUAUGAGAGUUGCUUCUCUGAUGUAAAAUUUCUGUUGAAUGUAAAUGUAUUUUGUAAAUACAUUAUGUUGUUAAUUAUGUUAAUGAUAAUUUUAUAUGAAUAAAUACUUAUGUAUG